UGCUCAACAGCAUUAUUUUAAGGGUUCCAGUAAUCAUUGCUUAUAUUGCUUUAUAGUUUGGUGGGAGAAUUAACCUGGAACAGUACUACUCUACAGUGGAAAUUCAUCUAAAAUAGUAUGCAGAACCUUACAGAGAAGGGAGGACUUGGGUCUUUUUUUAAAUUGUCAGAUAGAUCCCAAUCGUUGGAGCACAGGGGAUUAGACCGUUCUGCUGCUGCGUUCCGGAAACUGGAGCUCACGAUUGAUGCUCUGGCUGACAGUAACGUCUUGCAUCUUCUUUAGCAGUGCUGUACUUCAAGCCUGUCUCGGAGGAUUUUUCCUAACAGAAGAGUUGAGUCUUGAAGAUGGUGUGGUGGGAUUUCAGAAAUACUUAGUGUGAAGGUUUACAAAGAAUGAUUUGUGGGUUUGUUGUUUUUUGACUACUGAAUUUGCACAGCUUUAGAAAGCAGCGCGUCUGAUUGAUAACCCCGAUAUGAAGACCCUGGGGAGCAGCCACAUCCUUGGGAUAUUACUUCGUGUUUUCUAUCUACCGUUGGUAAUUUCCUUUGAAAAAGUUACCAUCCCAGCAGAGCUGAAGUCAGCCGUAGCGAGAGUUGCAGUCAAUGCCACGUCCUGCAGCGUCACCUGUGGGCUGGGCUUCAAACUGGAGGAGAUGUGCGAGAUCACUCCCGCCGGAGAGAGGAGGAAUUGUGCCUUGCGCAGGUCCGACUGCCUGACCAGCUGGGUUUGUGGCUUACUCAGCUUCACCGUCCCUGUGGGCAAACCCUUCCAGUUCAGCUGCCUGACCUCAGAUGCAGUCGGCUUUGGUAGCCGAGCCUACAGGUAUUCGUGGAGGCUUGCCCAAGGCCUUAUCACCACAAACGAUAUAUUGUUCAAACCUUUCAAAAACCCCGAUUCUGUCAUCAGAUUUUCCCCUGUCGGGGAGUCUGAUGCAGGGACUUACCGAUGUGAUGUGCAGACAUUGAAGACAUUCCGAGUCAUCAAGAGGAUCUACUUUGGGGUCAGAGUGAUCCGAAAUGACUUAGUGGAGCUGAACUUUCAAAAAUCCUUGACCUGGGAGCAGAAGUUAGCAGCAAAUGAGGAGGAAGGAAACACAGAAAACAGCACCCAUGAAGAAGUGCAAGAGCAGCAGCACUUUUGGCAAAGAGAAUUCUUUUAUGAAGGCUUGGUUGGAGUUGGAAGCGGAGUGAUGGGGGGUGUCGUAGUGAGCAUGGUUCUCUGCUUCUUGCAGAAGAUCUUGGGAAGGAGAGCUGCAAAGAAAUGAACUGAGAGUUCAUAUAACUGCUAGUCUCUGUCUAUUUAUUAGUAUUGAUGCAGUAUUUCAUGGUGAUGUUUGUAACUGUUUUUUUUUCUGGCUGACACGGUUUAGAACCAAAUAUUUCUUAAGCUUCGGAGUCUGAUAAGUUAGUACAGGACUGUAGCACCAAAGCGUGAGUCUUAACAGAGUAGUGCAGAUGGCAGCUCCGGAUGGGGCAAGGCAGUUUGCCUCCACAUUGUGUGAAAGGAUGGUCUGGAAUGGUCCAGACAGGACUUAGAGGACACUGAGGCACAGAAACUGCCCACUGCUUGCUACUAACUACCUUGCCAUGCCCCUCUAGCUGGCCUUCCUUUUACCUCUAGGUGUUUGGGGGUGUUCUAUUUAGCUCAUGACUUGCCGUCCUGAUUCCUGUCUUAUUUCCUCCAAUUUCUUCUGCUUUGCCCAGAACUCUGUGGUGAAGUGAGCUGACACAGAUCACUAUCUGGUAGAUGGUGUUUCUCCAGCAAGAGCUACAAAGUAGUAAGGACACUUUUGAGGUGGGCGUACAAACCAGGUUUCUGCGCUGCCUGGUGUCCUUUCCAUCAGAUCCAAACGGUCCAGUCUCAGCAGCUGUGGGGCAGCGUGGGGAUGAGGGAUGGACCUGCCUGUUUCCUCUAGAGAGAUUUAUCUCCCUCUGCUAGAGCCCAGAAAACUGUAAAGGAUCUUGAAGCGAUAGCUUGGAGCUCCACUGUUCCCUUUGUAGUGUAGAAUAGCGAAGGAGAGAGCAUUGGGUAGCAUAAGCAAUCUUCAG